CACACUUUUCUGUAUUCCUUUGAUGACAACAUUACACUUAUGACCUCAAAUGUUUUUGGCAAACAAAGUGUCUUUCAAGUCUAUCAAUCAAUUUUUUCACAUUAUUCUACUAUCUUUGCAGAUAUGUUGGUGUUGCCACCUGUUUUGGAGGCCAAGACAUAUAACAAUGUUCCACUAGUGUGUUUCCCUGACAAUGCUAAAGAGACCAAAUUUUUAUUGAAAGCUAUAUAU